CCAAUGGAACUCAAUUGUAUAUUACUACCAAAACAUAAUAAAACUUUAAGUCACUUCGUUUGAUAUCCUAUAUAUAAUCGUUCUAAAUUUUCCAUAAAUCAAAACAUCUUAAACCUCAGUUAUUUAAAACAAAAAAAAAACACACACACACAUAAACAUAAACUUUAUUUAUAUCAACAAAUACUUUUCAAAAAAUUCCGAGAUCACUAGUAUAUUUCAAAAUCAGGCGAGUGCAAAACAAAUUAGCAUAUUAGUCACAUGUAAAUUUUCGAACAAAACCAAUCUAAUUGGACCCACCUGCACCUUUUCUUUUUCCAACAUUUAUAUAUUAAUCGAAACACUCACAUGGAUGGAUUGGAUUAUCUCAACUCUCAACCCAAAAUCAAACAAAAUAUCCAGCAAAACAAAAACUUCUCUCUCACGCACAAUCUCAUCUUCGUCAAGCUUUUGCGUAAAAGAAAGAGAGAUGGGUGCGAUAAACCAAGGAAUAAGCUUGUUUGAUGAAUCACAAACCAUCAUAAACCCUAUUAAUACUAACCAUCUAGGUUUCUUCUUCUCUUUUCCUAGUCACACCUUAUCUUCAUCAUCUUCGUCGCCUUCGUCUUCUCCUUCUUCUCUUGGGUCUCUAUUUCUAGGUCAAAACUCCUUAAACUCCUUCCGUCAUAAUAACCCUUCCUCAUUCAUAAGUCAUCCUCAAGAUCCCAUCAAUUUCAUGGCGAAUCUCCCCGAAACCCUAAUCUCGUCUUUGUCCUCAUCAAAGCAAAGGGACGAUCAUGAUGGUUUUCUUAAUCUCGAUCAUCAUCGUCUUACCGGUGGUAUAUCAUCCCAAAGACCUUUGCCAAAUCCAUGGGCAUGGAGUAGUCAAGCGGGAUACGGAAGCAGCCAGAAAAACAACCAUGGAAGCGAGAUUGAUGUUGAUGAUAAUGAUGAUGAGGUUGGCGAUGGUGGUGGUAUUAAUGAUGAUGAUAAUGGUCAUCAUCAUGAUCAUGAUGAUACUCCUCGUCGUCAUGAUAAACAUAACACGGCGUCGUUAGGUGUAGUUUCUUCUCUGAAGAUGAAGAAGCUUAAGACAAGAAGAAAAGUGAGGGAACCUCGGUUUUGCUUUAAGACUCUUAGCGAGGUUGAUGUCUUAGAUGAUGGAUAUAGAUGGAGAAAGUAUGGCCAGAAAGUUGUCAAAAACACCCAGCAUCCCAGGAGCUAUUACAGAUGCACACAAGACAAAUGUAGAGUGAAGAAGAGAGUGGAGAGGUUAGCAGAUGACCCAAGAAUGGUAAUCACUACUUACGAAGGAAGACACCUUCACUCUCCUUCUAAUCAUCUCGACGACGACUCUCUCUCUUCCUCUCACCACUCUCCUCUCUCCAACUUCUUCUGGUGAUUUCAAUUUGUUUUUCCUUUUGAAUCAACCAAUAUUAAAAGUUAAUUUACCUUGUCUCAAGCUGAUCGAUGAAAACAAGUUAUACCUAUAUAACAUGUUCUCGUUAGGAAACAGGUAUGAUCGAUGUUAUUAUAUUUGUAAUGUGCAUGAUGUCAUCGUGGUUUGUUUGUGUUUGUAAGAUGAUUAAUGUACCGUUUCCAAAUUGAGGACUAUAUAAUAUAUAGUUGAAUUAAUUUUAUAGUUAUCCUU